CCAACCGUCACCAUGUCUUUUGCUCUGCCCACUCGCCAAGUCACUUUUGGUCGUUCGAACUACCAGCAGACGCAACAGAAUGGUUUCGCAUAUCAACCUCAGAAUGGCCUCGCCCUUCCUGGGCCUUCGCCACUCUCCAACUCAUACCAACCGUCGUCAGCGUCGUCGACACAGCCACAGGCUCCACCACCUCCCCCAACCGUUACCCCCACCGCCACCUCCAACGCUGUUGCUGGGCCCUCUACCCCGGUCCCGUCAACCCCCGCUCCCCUCACUCUAGAGCAACAGCAUAUCACCGCCGUGGAAGGUAUCGUCCCCACUCUUCAAAACAUUGUUGCCACCGUGAACCUCGACUGUCGCCUCGACCUUAAAACCAUCGCCCUUCACGCCCGUAAUGCCGAAUAUAAUCCCAAGCGUUUUGCCGCCGUCAUUAUGCGUAUUCGUGACCCCAAGACAACAGCCCUCAUCUUCGCGUCGGGAAAGAUGGUCGUCACUGGAGCGAAGUCGGAGGAUGAUUCGCGCCUUGCGUCCCGCAAAUACGCCCGCAUUGUCCAGAAGCUCGGUUUCGAUGCGAAGUUUUCGGAGUUCAAGAUCCAGAACAUUGUCGGCAGCUGUGAUGUUAAGUUCCCCAUUCGCUUGGAGGGACUCGCCUACAGCCACGGACAGUUCAGCAGUUAUGAGCCUGAGUUAUUCCCUGGUCUCAUCUACCGCAUGAUCAAGCCAAAAGUCGUGCUUCUCAUCUUCGUCUCGGGCAAGAUUGUUUUGACUGGUGCCAAGGUCCGUGAGGAGAUCUACACGGCCUUCAACACGAUUUACACUGUGCUUUGCGAAUUCCGCAAGCCAUAA